UCGGUGUAGAUAUGGGAAGUGUCACCGCCUUAAAUAGGCUCCUGUUGGGAGGAGUGCGGAGGUACUGUGCCAUGGCGGCGGCUGGAAAGGGUCUUAUCUUCAGGCAGCUCUUCGAGCCUGUCAGCUGCACAUAUACUUAUCUUCUUGCCGAUGAGGCCAGUAAGGAGGCCGUGCUGAUCGAUCCCGUACUGGAAACUGCUAACCGGGACUCAAAACUCAUCAAGGACCUUGGCCUGAAGAUGGUUUACGCAGCCAACACUCACUGCCACGCCGAUCACAUUACCGGCACCGGAGCCCUGAAAAAGCUGCUGCCCGGUUGUAAAAGCGUAAUUUCCAAGGACAGCGGGGCCCUCGCUGACGUGCACAUCCAGGAGGGCGAUGUCAUCGAGUUUGGGAAGUUUUCCCUGGAGGCUCGGUCCACCCCAGGCCACACUGACGGCUGCCUUACCUAUGUGCUGAAUGAUAAAAGCAUGGCCUUCACUGGGGAUGCUCUGCUCAUCCGAGGCUGCGGCCGCACGGACUUCCAGCAAGGUUGCCCAAACACUCUGUAUAAUUCUGUACACAGCAAAAUUCUAAGUCUGCCUGACAGCUGCUUCUUGUACCCGGCUCAUGACUACACAGGUCAGACGGUGACCACAGUGGGGGAGGAGAAAAGACUGAACCCCCGACUGACCAAGAGCGAGGCUGAAUUCGUCAAGAUCAUGAAUAACCUGAACCUGGCCAGACCGGCCCAGAUAGAUGUUGCCGUCCCGGCCAAUCUGAAAUGCGGCAUCCAGGACUAAUGGUGACAUCACAGACCCUG